AUGAAUGGCGCUCGACGAUUCUCAGCCGCCCCGGUGAACUUUGACCGCUUCAUCGUGCUGGCUCGCUCUUACUCUCGAAGUUUGUCACCCGAUAGAGAGCUUGACCAAAUCCUGCGACCGUUUCAAGACCGGAGGGCAACAACAACUAACGCCACCAAGCGCGAGCCCCCAGCCAGUCGAGUGGCGACUUCACAGCCGCGCCACCAGCAGAGGGGCACGGGUGAACUCAUUAACAAUGAAUUAGUUGCCACGCAGGUGCUAGACAGAGAGCCUUACUGGGGUUCCGCACAGUCCGUCGCGACAAAGCGAAGCACAGCGGCGGAGAAGGCGUGUUCCUCUACUCGUGCUGCCACAUCAACAUCGCGCAGUGUAUCCGGCGGCGCUGCUGUGACAUCCUCGGUCACCUCUACCGACUUCUCUCGUUCUACCCUCGACGACAGCUGUGUUGGGGAGGAAACACAGGAGCUGGGGCGGAACUCGUACUCUGCCGAUGACGUGGACCCCCUCCUUCACGCGGUCCUGCAGCUAGGCAGUCCUCUCUACGACCCUGUCAAGCGGCAGUUUGUAUGUUGGCGACUUCACACUCUCGAGAAGCGUCCACGCUCCGCCUACGGCUCUAUCGAGGGGGUCAGCUGUGACUUUUGUGGCCACACCGACUGGAUCGAGGAGAUGGCCGAGAGAGCGAUGACCUCUCCCUCCGUGUGCACAAGCGUGGUGAAGGUUGAAGGGAAGGAGGACCUAAAGGCGCCAUCAGUAGGGGCACCUUUACCUGCUCAGGUUCGCUUGUUCUACCACUGCUCCAUCUGCCAGGUUGACAUAUGCCGAGCAUGCUUGGCGGAGGUACGAUCGGACGAGCGCUUUCACGUGCCGUGCUUGCAAUGCCAGCGGUGCGGGGUCUUUGAAAAACGCCAGAAUGCCCCGUUGCAUCGGUGUGCGGAGGUAAGAGUCAUCAACGUAGACGAUGAGGUCGAGGUGAGCAAAGGUGCGCUGCCGCUGUUGAUGCCGCCAAGCAGGAAUACCGACGCUUUGCUGAUGCCGCCAACGGCGCCACCACUGCCAUCAUCAUCGACAGUAUCCGCGACGAUGUCGUCAAAGUAUAAGAGCACCUGGGUCGGAGGCCGAGUUCGUGUGGGUCUCUCUCGACCCCACCAGCGGGCUGUCAAAGGGGAAGCGGCGCCCGACGCGGCAGUUGCCGCCCGCGUCGAGAAGAGCGCCGGUUCGGUCCCUCACCGAAAACGAAAGCGAGCUUCGCCGGUGGCGACCUCAGCUCCAAAGCAGCGUCUCAAGGAAGAGGCCAACGGCAGCACAGAGAUGUCUCAGCUCGGCGACGUAAGGGACAAGACUUACCAACAGCUGUGGCAGUCGUCUUCGACUGCUAUGCCAAAACCCGCGUCGCCAAAGCAGAAAGAAGCGAAUAAUGCAGACGGCAGCGCCUCUCGAGCCCUUUUAGAGGCGACGGGCCCCCCAUACCCGCGAUACGAGGUUCAUCUCACCCCCCGUACGCCGGAGGAGGUAGGCGAGGUCAGCCGCAUCGCCAAGGAACAGCACCUUGUCUGCUCACCAGCACCAUCGUUGGCGAGGGCAUGUGUGUUCUACUUCGCCACGCGCCUUGCUGCCGAGACAUGUGUGGAUCGCGCCACUGUGGCCUCGCUAGAGGCAGUCCUGAAGUGUAAUGCAAAACCUGCGUGUAGCAUGUGCCCUUCUCCCCUCCCCUUUUAA